GUGCGAAAGUCAGCAAAAGUGGUAUUGCCUUUAGAGCUUUUCGCUGCCAAAGUCGACGUAGCAGUUGAUUGCGCUGCCGGCCGACAAUGGCAAAGUCAAUUGCACAAAUUCAUUGAGCUGUUCCGCGACUGCGUUGGGGAGCUGACUGGUUAGGUGAUCGUGCUGGGACGCAACGCACAUCAGUCUCGUCAGUGAAUCGCGUGUGUGCAGUACGCGAAUGGGGUAUCGUGCGCCGGCUAACAAAAUACAAACUUGCUUUUACAAUUAGAACAACAAAAAAAUAGCAAAUUCAUUUUUUUUAUUUUUUUUAAUUAAAUUGGCGAAUUAAUUUUAUUUAUGGUUAUUUAAUACAACUUUGGAAAAAACUUGCAUAAUUAAAAAUCGAAUAAAAGGCGCACUUCCGGGCAUUUUAAUGCGGACUACAGUAACAGAACUACAUUUUUUUCGCUCAAAUACGUUGAAAUUUUUUAGAAAAACGUAGACCAACAUAAUAAAAAAAGCAAAUCGAUAAUAGAAAAGCAUAUUAAAUUAAACAAAACAACAAUAAUAGCAAGAAAUUAGCAAAGUCGCAGCACAUAGCAAAAGAAAUCGCUCCCACUAGCAAAAGAAAGAAAACGGCAACAACAAAAAAGAAAGCACACACACAAUUGCGGUUUAUAAAGCACCCCAGUAACAAAAACGGGGCAACAGCUGUCAUCAGUGCUACCAUAAAACUAAAUUAAAAAUCAAACAAAUCAUGGAACGCCAUCGCACAUUGGACUCAUCGAUGUCGUCAUUGUACUCCGGCUCGAAUAUCUCGAAUACAACAUCCGCACAUCGGCAGCAGCAUGACAAUUAUAAUUACCCCGCCCUAUCGUCGUCCGCCUCACCGACGCCCAGCACCAGUGGUGGUGGCGGUGGUGGUGGUGGCGCUAGUCUUGGCUUAUUGACCGGCGCUUCUAGCACCAAUGCCAUAGCGACUACUGGUGGCAGUAACACAACAAAUGCAACAACUGGCCAUGCAUCGGACAUGAGCAUAUGCAGUGGCGACGAUGGUGCCAGCGUUGGAUUGCGUGCCACCACAAUCGGUUCAGUGGUGGUGCGUUGUGGACCCAUACAGUUGGUGAUCGCGUUACUGCAAAGUCCGGAAAAAUUAUAUAUUAAGGUAGUUGAAUUAGAGCCAAAGAUCACAACACUAGGCACGAACCUUGAUGAGUCCAUACGCUUGCAGAGGGACCACGAUGAGACUCUUAGGAAUAUACAGAAUCUGCCCGGCCCGAUGGACGAAUUUGUGCAAAAGGCUGACAAACUGCUCACCAGCAAGCGUAUCAGUUCCGAGCUAGUCAAUGCCAUGGCCGAUACGCUGAACAUUAUUUGGCAAGAUAUUUUGCACCUGUUGCAAGACCGUCAACACAUACUUCAUCUCGCCACACAAUUUCACGAAAAAAUGGUGCAGUGUCAGCGGCGUAUGGAUCAGUUGGAAGUGGCCUGUAUCGAUACAAUGCUGCCCAUAGAAGUGGCGGCCGUGCAGGAGUUCCUCAACAAAUUUAAGCAGCUGCGUAUCGACAUGCUCACCGCGGUUAUGGCAGCGCUCAAAGAUGGCAACGAACUACUGUCACAGCUAAAGGAACUUGUCAAUCUGGAAACGUUAGAUACGCGGCCAGAGCAUAUCAAGCGAGACGCCACACGCGCCGUUCAUCAAGUACAGCAUUGGCUGGAGGCGUUACACGAUCGCCGUAAUGCGCUGGAGAGCGCGUGGCAAACGCGCAAAACGCAAUUGGAACAUUGUCUCACAUUAGCGUUGCUCGGCCGUGAACUGGACGAAGUGGAAACAGCAUUACGACAGCAGCGCAACGAAAUCGAUAGCCUCUUUAGUCUGGGCGAGUGCGAACAUACGGCAAAUAAUGCACUGCACAACUAUCGUGAAUGGAAGCAGCAUGCUUUGCAGCUACGUGAUCGCGCACUCAAGAUCACACGCGCCAAAGAGAAGCUGCAGGCAUCGGGCACCUUUACUGGUGAUGAGGCAUGCGCACGCGCCUAUAAUGUGCUGAGUGCGUGCACUGAACAUUUGGACCUCGUCGAUCAACGUGAACAUUGGCUGCAGCAGUCACGUGAUUUCUUCGCCAAGGCCGAGAACACACUUAGCGUGCUCGAGAAACUUGAAGUGGAACUGACGAACGUGCGAUUGCCUCCUAAUUCACCGGAGAGUUUUGCAAUGUACUCGAAGGUGGCGCGUGAUGUGCGCAGCUUUACCGAAGAACCGCUACGCUUGGGCUAUAGUAUAUUGGAUGAGGUAGGCCGUACGCAGCCCGAAACUCAGGGCGUAAAACGUGUGCUCGAUGAGAUCGAGAAUCGUAAAACGUACAUCGAAAGCGUAUGUUCGACAAGCAACCAAGAUCACCAACGCGUGCAGAAAGCACUUUCGGACUUUCUCGCACAGUACAAUGAUUUACUCAAUUGGUUAAUGACGUCUGGCCAAUUGUAUUUGAAACAGCAUGUGGACAUGGGCAGCACAUUACAACAGUGCAAACAGUUUUUACUACAACAUCAUGAGCUUAUGCAGGAUCUGGAGGUAAGUCUAAGUAUUCAUAUCCAUGAAAAACUAAGAUUAAAAAACGAAUAUCUCAUUUUCCAGAUAAAAGGGGAGCUUAUAAAUCUACUACUCGAAUCGAUUAAGGCACAUUUGGAGUCGUUGAGUCCGCAACAACGUUACGAUGUGGACUCAAAGGCUGAGGCGCUUCACAAGCACUGGAUCGAGCUUAAAGAUUUGGUGCUGAAACGUGUCGAUUAUGUUUCGUUGCUUAUCGAAUUCUUUGAGAAAGCAAAUGAGUUAGCUAGUCAGCUGGAUAACUUGGAUAAGCAGCUAAAACAAACACCAGAUGAGCAGAAGCUGCAGUUUCUGCAAGAGAAUUGGAAGCAUAUACGUGCCGACUAUGCAGAUCUUAAAAGUUUGGGAACGCGAUUUAUCACCUUGAAAAUUGUGGACCCGUACCUAGAGACAAAAUCCUCAGUAGCGGCAGUCGAAGAUAUCCUCAACGGUUUCAGUAAGCGCCAAGUCGAUGUAACAACCAGUCUAGACAAUUGGACAACGCAGAUUGCGGAGAAACGUGAAGUUGAAAUCAUACUGGAGAAAAUCAUGAGUGACAAUGAGGAGACCGCCACGAAGACGACCCAAGUAGAUACACAGUUGUAUCCGGUUUUCACUUCACUAUCCGUUGAUGCGCGCCAACUGCACUCAAUCACCAGCGAUAAGCUCACCCAUGUCCUGCAGGAUAUUGACAAAGCUCAGGAUGAGCUACAACAUCGCAUACACACCACACUCGGCAUACAAACGAAAAAUUCUGAGUCGUUGCAGAAAAUCGAGCAGGUCAUUAGCAAUUUGCGUUCAUUAAAAUCUAAAUUGGAUGGCAUACGUUACGAUUAUAAAACGUUGCUGGAGAAUAUCCUGAAAUUCUUGAUGGAGAUAAUCGAACUGCGCCACAGCAUCGAUGACUUUUUCGUGAAACAAAAGCAACAGCAACAGCAGUUGGGUGGCGUUGAGGUAGCGGACAUUGAACACACAAUUGUCGAGCACGAGAAAUUCCGUGAUGGUUGCAUGGAUAAAUUUAGAUCGUUAAUCACACAAUCCGAGCUGCUGAUCGAUCGAGUGCGUGCACUGGAACCGCCCGGUGCACGAGAAAUCGACACCGAUCGCAUUCUCAAGUUGCUGGAGAAUUUGCGCAUUCAUUUCGAGGCGAACAACAGCGAGAGAAUGUCGCGUCUAGAGCGACUCGGUAAGCUGGAACAAUUCAAAACGGAUUUGUGCGAUAUUAAUCGCAGUCUGGAUAGUGUCAGCAAACAAUUGAAUGAAAUCAAUGGACAAAGUGUUGAUAGCUUGGCGGCGGCGAAGACCACUUCGUUAGCGUUUGAGUAUUUUGAGCGAACCAUUGAGCUGCUUGAGAAGCGCAUUGAAAAGUUCACCGAUAAUACUACUCAGCAGUUGUUAAUCACGAAUCCCGAAAGUGAGUCAUAUGUUCGCGAAGAACUUCAAAAGCUCAACGAGAAAUGGCGCAAUUUCAAAGAUCAAGUGAGAAACAAACGCAAAUCACUCGAUCAGGCAGCCGAAUUCUUCGAAAUGGUGGAAAAAAUCGACGCCGAAUACCGCGAAAUAAACUAUUUUUACAACAGUGUGUCCAACAAGAUCACUUAUCUGCGCGAUCCUGUCGAAGCCUCGAAUCUAGUCAAUGAUAUCGAAAAGUAUGUGGUCGCUCGUGAGGGUCCACUGCUGGGAAAACUCGAAAAUGCUGCACAAUGUGCGCACGAUAUGAACAAAGUUUCUACGCUGUACAAUGACGUACACAGCAUUUUCCAAGCUUUCAUGAAACUCAAAUCCGAUAUUAAUGUCGUACAGGAACGCCUUAAGAAUGAGGAACGUUUGCGUGAACAGCGUGAGAAGGAGGCACGCGAGCAGGCUGAGCGUGAGCGUGCUGCUCGCGAGGCAGAGGCCAAAGAGCGUGCUGCACGCGAGGCGGAGGAACGUGAGCAAGCCGCACGAGAGUUGGCUGCUCGAGAAAAGGCUCUACGGGAUGAAGAGGCGCGCUUACAGGCCAUUCGUGAGCAGGCGAUGCGUGAGCAAGCAGCUCGUGAACAGGCUGCCCGCGAAGAAGAAGUGCGUUUACAGGCACUGCGCGAACAAACACAACGCGAUGAAGAAGCACGUCUGCAUGCAUUGCGGGAACAAGCUAGGCGCGAGGAAGAGACACGAUUGGAGACGCUGCGUAUUGAAGAGACUCGCCUACAACUGCUACGCGAGCAGACCAAGCGUGAAGAAGAGGCACGCCUACAGGCGAUACGUGAACAGGUGGCGCGCGAUGAAGAAGUGCGAUUGCAAGCGUUACGUGAGCAAACAGUGCGCGAAGAGGAAGCGCGCUUGCAAGCGCUGCGGGAACAAGCAAACCGCGAAGAGCAGAAACGGUUGUUAGAGUUGCGUGAGCAGGCCACCCGCGAAGAGGAGGCGCGCCUGCAAACGCUUCGGGAACAAGCAAAUCGUGAAGAGGAGAAGCGUUUGUUAGCGUUACGUGAAGAGGAAGCGCGUCUGCAGGCGCUACGUGAACAAACGAAACGUGAGGAGGCUGUACGCUUACAAAGCGUACGCGAUCAAAUCGAUCAUCAACGCAUUGUCACCGAAAAUAUACGCAAAGACAUACAGGUGAAUGAAAUCUUCACAGAAAUCAAAUACGUAUCGCCACGUUUCAACCGUCUGCUCAAAGAUGCGAUCACACGUGAGGGAGACAAAUUUACCUUCGAAUGUGAGGUCACCGGAAAUCCUGAGCCAACUGUCGAGUGGUUCAAAGACGGUAUAUCUAUACAGAAUAAUCCUGAUUACAAAACCACUUACGAUCGUGGUGUCUGCCGUUUGGUGAUCGAGGAGACUUUUACAGCCGAUUCGGCGCGCUUCAGUUGCCAUGCUUCGAAUUUGGUGGGCAGCACUGAUACCAGCGCUAACUUAUCGGUGCGUGAAAAUGCCAUAGAGAUGCAAAUGGUGCCGCCACGAGUCAUACGUUACCUCGAGAGUGGCAAGGCAACGGAAGGCAGUACGUUUGAAUUCUUGUGCGUUGUUAGUGGUAAUCCGUUGCCCACCGUACAAUGGUAUAAAAACGACAAAUGUAUCGAUGAUUCACCCGAUUACGUUAUCAAUUAUAAUAAUGGCGAGGCUACAUUGCGGUUUGAGGAGGUUUUCCUGGAAGACGACGCUGUCUAUACGUGCAGUGCCUCAAAUCCUGCCGGAAUCGAACAUUGUUCAGCGAGCUUGAUUGUGGAGCCUCUGGAACCAACAGAAGUGCCACAUUUCAAAAUUCCUCUCACCAAUGCCAUGGCUCGGGUUGGUCAAAAAAUAAAGCUUGAAGCGCUAAUCGGUGGCAUCCCACGUCCUGAUAUUUUUUGGAUGCAUAACGGAAAACCAUAUGUCCCGCGAGAUAGCAAAUAUGAGUACGGCCGCGCAACGCUCAUAAUCCCCCAAGCAUACCCCAACGACGCCGGAGUGUAUGUGUUAACAGCCAAGAAUCUAGCAGGCGAGGUAUACAGUUCGUGUAACGUUAUCGUAAAAGGACGUCUUCCGAACGAGACAUCGGAUUCAGAGUUGGCUUCCGAUAUGGAACCUAUAAAACCAUCGGUACAAUUGCCACUCAAAGAUGUAUCGAUAUUCGAAGGUAAACCGGUACGUUUGGAUUGUAUUAUUGUUGGCCAACCGGAACCCGAAGUUAUCUGGUAUCAUAAUGAGCGCCCAGUUAAAGAAUCAGCUGAUGUACAGUUGCUCUUUCAAGGUGAUCGUUGCUCGUUGAUUAUACAGGAAGUGUACCAAGAGGAUGCGGGUAACUAUAAGGUGGUCGCCAUCAAUUCAGCUGGUGAAGCGUCGAGCAGUUGUGAGCUCAAAGUCACGCCAUUGAAUAUUGCCGAGCCAGCGACACGCGCCCAGUCCGAGCGUCAGUCGGUGCCGAAGGAAACACUGCCGAAAUUCGAUAAAUUCCUUACUGACGUACUAGCAGAUGAGGGUGAAACGGUUGAAAUGGAAGUGAUUGUUAGCGGUGAUCAACCAUUUACUGCCAAAUGGUAUCUGGCCAAUAAAGAGUUGCAUGAAAAUGAACGUAUUUCGACAAGCGGCAAUCUUGCUUCGGGUGCGUUCAAACUGACUCUAAGAAAUGUGGUUGCCGAUGAUAGGGGCGUGUACACUGUGAAAGUAUCAAAUAACGCUGGCGAUGCUAAAUGUUUCUCACAACUAAAUAUAAAAAGUGUAAAUGCACCUGAUCAUCAACGCAACCAGCAAGUGGAGCCUGUUGAGAAGUUAACUUGUCCCGAGUUCAAAGAACUCUUCUCGGACAAGCAAGCUUACACUGAUGACAUGGUCAAGUUUGAGUGCAUCGUGAAGGGCAAACCCACGCCCAAAGUACAUUGGUGCUUCAACGAUCAGCCUGUGCAUGGGCAUAACUUCUUGGUGUCGACAAGCGGAGACCGACAAGUGCUAACCAUACAGAAAGCCAGCAUUGAUACGGUUGGUAAAAUCAGCUGUAUAGCAGAGAACGAAAUAGGAAAAGCAACCUGUGUUGCUUUCUUGAAUCUACUUGGUGCAGACAUGCAGCUAAUGCCUGCCACUAGUGAUCUGCAGACCUCCACACAGGAACACAAUACGGAAUCGUCGCGUGUCACCAUCAACAAGAAAACCUUCACAACCACAUCUACGUCACAAAUUAGCUCUUUUGAAGGUAAUAUGCCACAAACAGAGAUACAUCAUUCCUCGGCGCAUAUCGAUCAAUCGCUAAAACAGCUGGGAACACAGCAACCGGAACUGGUCGAAACACAUCACUACCAGGAAUUGCACAAAAGCAAAGAAAUGCCAAUACCAAAUAUCCAACAAAAAUCGUUUACAUUGGUGCAAUCUGCAGGCACCGGAUCAGGCCAGUCCACUAUUGCCAGUAUGACUGGUGUAUCGGUGCCUGAAUCACCAACGCGCCUACGUAAGCAAAUAGCGCCUCGUUUCACCAUGCCACUGACGGGUAGAAUUGUGGAUCAAGGUACAGAUGUGUCAAUGGAGGCGAUCUACGAUGGUUUUCCCUCGCCCGAAAUCAAAGUGGUCAAGAAUGGCGAACAACUAUUCGAUAACCAACGAUUGAAGAUCGAAAAUCGCUGCAAUCGUGUCAGCAUUGAGUUGAAGCAAGUGGGUGUGGCAGAUGCGGGACGAUAUGCAAUCACCGCCACAAAUACCAUGGGACAAUCAACGAGCACUGCCGAUUUAGUCGUGAAGAAAACCAUUUUCCCACCCGUCUUCGGUCGACGUCUACAGGCACAAGUGGUAAAAAGGGGUGAGAAGAUUAUAAUGGAAGUUGAAGUAACCGGUUUGCCAGAACCAACAGUGGUAUGGAUGAAGGAUGAUAAGCCAAUCGAAGAAGCGAAUGUAUCACAACACCGUCUGCUCUCGCAAGGCAACUCCUACAAACUAAUCAUCGAGAAGGGAGUGCCUAGUGAUUCAGGCAAAUAUAUGGUGAAGGCCACUAAUGCCGGUGGCGAAGCGAAAAGCAUUGCCGAUUGUGCGAUACUUGAACCAUCGCCCGAACGCCUGCAGGAGGUCGUGAAGACCAUAGUCUACGAAACACCAAGCAGUUUGAAAACCGAAACCUUCACACAAGAGCCACCGUCCUUCCAAACAACACAAACCGAUAUUUCAACUGCAUCCGAUUUGCAUGGUUUAUCUGAGUCGAAAAUAGUAACUGAGCAUCGUUGCACUACCGAGGCAACAAUGCGUCUAGAACACAAGCAAGCGUACUUAGAUUUGCCCGAAUUAUCUGAACGCCCGAAGACACCAACAGCUGCCACAAUUAUUAGCACCAACACGGAUCUGCCCGACUGGCAACAUCUUAAAUCGGUGUCGACCAAUACAGACGCCACACGCUCCAAGACCGGUUCCACACAAACACCACCGCAAGUGCCUCCCAAACCUCAUUCGGCCUUUAAUAUCACUGAUCAACCACCGCCACCAACACAAUCACCCCAACAACUACAUUUCCAACCUACAUCGACACCGACCGGCACAGAACCCCAUAGCUUCAAAGUCGAUGCUCCAACAUUGGCAUCAACCACUAUGACAUCAACAUCGAAAUACGAAAGCACAACCAAUGAGAAAAAAUCCUCAUCUUUUGAAUUCUUCAAGAAAAUUGAAAGCCAGGGUGGUAUGCAACCAACGCAACCUGGAGAAAAAUAUCAGAAGCAAGAGGUUUAUGCAACGAACAAGCGAACUAUGCCACUAGUUAUCUCAAGGCCAAGCGGAGCGACGCAGACAGCAUCGCUCACAAACACGCUCGAAGCAGAUCUCAAAAAUUUAAAUCUUAUACCCGGCUCGCCACCGGAAAUCUGUUUUGUGCCGAAAUUGGACACAAGCAGCGGAAAGCCACAAAUGAUCAAUGAACGCAUAAAAAUAUUGGAAGCCUCUCAACAAUCUCCCAAAGAGGCCCCGGUAGGUGGAGUACGUACUCUACCUGUUGCUCCAAUCACGCAAACACUUAAGCAUGAGACAACGCUAACGAAGGAGGUAAAGGUCGAGUAUGGCCAACCGAUUAUGCGUCCAGCGGCUACACUGCCAGCCCCGCAACAGUACACACGUUCACCUUCACCUUCACCUAAACCUUCGGCAGAGGGUGUUGCUAUGUCGAAAUUGUGGACACCAAAUCAUUUGAGUGGUUAUGAGAGUUGCACCAGUGAUAUCGAACAAACUUAUAAAACCAAAUCGGAGAUAGAUUCGAAGGAAGAAAAGCAUGAGAUCAAGGUACAAAAAGUACCAACGCCGGCUCCGGAUCUAAGUGCGCCAUUCCUCGUGAAGGAGGUAAGCAAAGUCAUUACAAUACCAACGUCACCUCAACGAGAAAGAACGCCAUUAGAUGAUGUAAAUUUGGUGCCUGGUUCGACGCCAGAAAUUUGUUUUGCGCCAAAGCCAGAGGUGCGGCGCCAAUCAUUGGUUGAGAAAAUGGAAAAAACUUUAGAACAGAAUCUGCAAAAAGGACCUACAAAGGUGCUGCCAAUGUCCGUGCCCACGCUCACGCCUGUAACAAUACCACAAGCAACAAAACCAACAACUACCUACAAACCACCACCGCCAGUUUUACCAACAAAACUAAACGUUGGGCAGCCCUAUGAGAGCGAUUACGAAAGUGAUCGUUGGAAGUAUAGUGGAAGUGAAUCUGAUGAAGCCUCUUUCCGGCCAGUUGGAAAGAGUAUUACCGAUGGUGUAACUAGCAUACCGAGUGUACCUGCCACUCACCACACAUUAAAGACCAGUGGUUAUGCAGCAGAUACCGAAGAAAUUUCUAGCUACCGCAAAAUGGAAUCCACACAGCAGGAAAGUCGUUCAUUUUACGAAUCAUCGCUCAGCACCAAAACUUCUCAUCAGACGCCACUUGCGCCUGAAGCGUUAAAGGCUUCAGUAUUCAAAGCGCCUACUCAGCCACAAUAUGUACCACAACCACAACCAGCACCAACUAUAAUCACACCACAACCGAUCUUUCAACAGCCACCGUUGGAGAAGCAACCACCCGCUCAACUUUACUAUACAAGCAAGCAAGAAGGUGGCCACGAGAAGCAAGAGUACUCGGACAAAAAUGAGUACAGACGCGAGGAGAAGGAUUAUAAAUCCAUGUCGAGUAUGAGCAGCAGCUACUACAAUGCCUCCAAUAUUAGCAAUAUCAGCAAUGUGAGCGCACCAAAAUACCAACCCUCACCAGUGAAGACGCCGACACCCGCACCCAUGCCCACAGCAGCGCCCAUCCCAGCACAACGCAAAACACCAGCCGAAUUCAGUGACUAUAGCAGUGAAGUGGAGGAGCGCUUCCGCUCUGUCUCGCGAACUCAAGAAUCCGACUCAGAUAUCAAGGGCUAUCGCGUUGUUUUUCCACCAACACCAACACCAAAGUCUCACCUGACUAAUGGGCAUAAAUCGCCCGUUGUUGUAAUAACACCAUCACCAAUGGAAUUUGAGCCAACACCACCUGCGGUGAGCACCUAUCCACGUCAGAAAUUUGAGCCGAUCCAGAAGGAAAUACGGCACGAAUUUAAGACAGAAUCGCAGGAACAUAAACAACACUUUCAGCAACAAAAGGCACACCAACAACAGCAAUACCAACAACAAACGGUGUAUAAACCAAAACCGGUGGCUGCCAAAUUCAUUGCCGCCACUCAACAGCAACAGGAACGGCAGCAGCACCAACCACCAACACCACGCACCCAACCAGCACUCUACUACAACGCCAUCGCCGGCACACCACUCCAUAUGGCUAAAAUGGCCACCGAAACGAAAAAUGUCAUGCAUAUGAAAGAGUCAUCCGAGACUUGCCAGCGCGUAGUUAAUAUGCAGCAGACAAAGCGUGUCAUACACUUUGAUAGCCAAAAAGAACAGCAAGAGCGUCAAGUAAGCACACCACUCGAGCCGUUCCCAUACAGCGUGUCACCAAAUCGCUUCACACCGACACGACAGACACGUGCACCACCACCAGCCACACCGACGAAAUUCGUGCCAGGCGAGUUUCGAGAGAGCGACUACGAUAGUGAAAUAGAAAAUGCAAAGAUACACCCACUUUGGACGCCGCAGGGUGAAUAUGGUCCACUCCGUUUCCGACAUGUGGAACCUCCACAGACGGGACGCGCCUGUAGCGUGCCACGCUCCUACGAACGUGUGCUCUCGCCAAUGGAGUUUGAUCGUGGUCCAGAAAUGCCCAAAAAGAUACAAAUCGAUUCAAAUGAAUUACGUAAGCAGCGCGGUAGCAGCCUCAGUGCUGGUACUACAACCAGCAAUCAAAACACACAAUCCUUGAAUCGUCACACAUCUAUGCAGAGUAGCAGCAGUAGCAGCUAUCAACAGCGUUACCAGACAUUGCAGCCUGAUCACACUGUUGCUGAGAAACGCUUUCCGCGUGACGAUAUGAACUUGAAAGUUGGCUCGCCACCCAAGUACGGCUACAUACAAUCGCACAUCGAGCAGCAGGGCAAGCAGAUGAGCUCGAGUUUCUUGCAAAAAUCGCAUCAAUUUAUUCACGAUAUCAGCAGCGAUCUACAGCAAAAGACCGGCAAGUCAACAAAGUUGUACAAUGGCGUUGCUGAACCGAAGAUUAUUACGCACUCCUUCCGCCCCGGUUUCCAGCGUGCACCCAGCGAGGGCGAUAACAAACCGCAAGCCUAUCGCGAUGAGUCGCGCGUCUCGCAAUAUGGUACGAAAUGCGUGGAUCCCAAUACUGGUCUAAUUUACUUCAAAUACGAUUUUGGUUAUGAGUUCGGUAUACUCUUUCCUGGAGAAGGUCACAAAUUUGUAAGCAGCCAAUGGAAUAGCUCAUCGUCGACACUACCACCGCGUCCCUCAUCCGCGACUCCCACUCGUCAGAUACAAGCUGGUGCGGGUAGAAAAUCACCAUAUCCUCUAAAUUUUCCCAAUGGCGGUGAUCUCGUUAUACCGGUGCAACAUGAACGUGCCACUACACCCACAUCAACACGUACGAGCACACCGACACAGCCACCGUCGCGCCUUAGUGUGCCUUAUGCGCGACCACCAUCACAGAGUGGCUAUCAUUCUGAUACUGCAACAAGUCGUCGUAGCCCCGGGCCGGGAAUGUAUGCCGGCACAAGUGGGAUGCAUCGACUUAAGAAACGCUAUAGUCUACCCAAUACACAGGUUAUCGAUAUAAAUAUCGAUCGUCUACAUGACAAUGAUCAUCUGACACGUCUCCCGUUGAUAAGUUCAGUAUCAGAUCUACCAUCGGAUGUACCAGUGAAUGCACAUCUGAAUCGCGACGACUAUCCGAAGAGACCGCCACAAUUCAUAACACCAUUGAAAGAAUACGCGGUUAUGGUGGGUCAGUGUGCACGCUUCGAAUGCAUCGUCCAAUCGCAUCCGCCAUCGAAUGUAACAUGGAGCCGCAAUAGCAUCGAAAUGCAGAACAGUCCUAAACAUGUUAUUGAAUAUCGUAACGGUGUCUGUCGUUUGACCAUACCACAAGCUUACCCUGAUGAUGCCGGUGUUUACGCCUGCACCGCGACGAAUCCCUUAGGCACAGUCACCACUUCCGGGCAACUGCUCGUGCAAACCAAACGUUUAUGAAUGCGUUUUUGUGACAAGAAAUGAGGAAUUUUUAACCUAAAAUAAGCGCUAAUUGGGAUGUAUAAAAUCUAUGAUUAAUGCGGAAUAUGUGAAAAUUUCCAGAUUUUUAAUAUGUCUCUAGAAGUUAAUGACAAAAUGUUUUAGUGUACUCGUUGUGCUUCAAUUUUAUGUUCAUUGCGCGUACGCACAUAAUUACAUACAUACAUGCAUACAAACAUACACAUAUGGAAUUCACGAAAAUAUGUACAUAAGUAUGCAUGUAUGUAUGCCAGUGAAAACUCCACAAAUACAUUUUGCUUUUACCGUCUUCACGCGUUAAUUGGCGUAUUUCGAUUACUCGGACUGAGUUUACUUGCAAAAUAUUUAAAUACUCUAUUAUUCAUUCAUAUGAGCAAAGAAGCUAUCACACAGCUAUUAAGCCGAAUUUAAAAUUUGUUCUUUAUGUGCCGAACUUGUCAUUAUUUAUGCUUAUAUAACAAUAGUAUUACAUGUGUUUUUAUGAUUAUUAUUAUUAUUAUUUCAAUAAAUUAUUCGUGAAAAUUUCU